AUGUUCGCGAUCAAGUGGUCUCUCUGUGCGCUAGUCGGUGUUGCCCUUGCGCAAUCCAACCAAUUCACCUCACCCGACGGCCGCGAAGAUGACCUAGGCGUCGGCGACAACCUCGACAUUAGAUGGCAGGCGGGCUGGACUGGUAGCGGAUUGCGCCAGACCAAUGUCGACUUGUUCGUCACGGGUUCCAAGAGUGGCACAUUCACCUCUGUACUCAGGCGCAACAUCUCCCUCGACCAGCCCGGCAACUACCGCUGGAAAAUCGACAUCCCAUUCGACAUCCUGCGCAAAGACAAAGACUUCGUCGUCGCCUUCGUACAGGCACGCGACCCGCCCAACUUCGACGCCACAGCCGGCAUAGGCACGAGUUCGAGCCGCGUCUUCAAAGUCGAGGAAGACUCGAAAUCAUCAUCGGGAUCCAAGGGCAAGGGGAAAAACAAGAAAGGCAAGACCAAGCUCGGCGCCAUUCUCGGCGGCGUGUUGGGUGGCCUUGCGCUGCUGAUCGGCGCGCUGGUCACGGCACUCGCGGUGCUGAGGAGCAAGAGGAAGAAGAAGCAGCAGCUCGAGGCUGGUAAGGAGAUACCACCACCGCCGCCUGUGGAGCAGCAGAAGUUUGCGAGUACGGCGGAGAUGCAGGCGAUGAGGGCGGGGGAGCAUGAUGCGCCGCCGAAGUAUGAGCCGCCGGCGGAAUUGCAGGGGAGUGAGGCGCGGAAGGAUGGGGAGGUUACUGUUAAAAGUGGUGAUAUUACAAAGGAUGGUGAGGCGAGUCGUAAAGAUGGGGAGGUGACGAAGGAUCAGAAAUGA